UUUCGUAUUCGUACAAGAAAAUGCUGAAGGAAUUAACUGCCAACAAUGCAGUAGAAAUUUAUCUUUUUCGUUGUUAAAUUACGUAUUUUUGUACAAAAGUCGUCAUGGAUAUACCGUCCAGUUAUAGGCAAUCGGCUGGGAAGAAAAAAGGAGGAAAAAAGGGAGGGUCAAAACCACAGUUGUUUGAUGACACAAGUGUUCAGUCCCCGCCAAAUCAAGGGUAUGGCCCACCACAAACAGGAUACAUGGAACAAAACCAGGGCGGUUUUGGAAAUCAGCCCCAGCCCGGGGCUCCAGGGUGGGGGCAACAGUUUCCAGGACAGCAAAUGUUCCAAGACCCCAUGGCAAACAUGGCGAUGCAGUAUGGCACCUCUCUCGCUGGGCAGGGCAAAGAUAUUGUUAACAAAAAUUUUGAGAAAUAUGUAUCAACUUCGAAGUUAAAGUAUUAUUUUGCUGUGGAUACAUCUUACGUAGGAAAGAAGUUGUUAACCUUGAUCUUCCCCUUCACUAAAAAGGAAUGGUCUAUAAAAUAUGACCAGGACCAGCCUGUGGCUCCCAGAUUUGAUGACAACGCUCCUGACUUGUAUAUACCAGUGAUGGCCUUUGUGACGUAUAUUUUGGUGUCUGGGUUGGUUUUGGGAACACAAGAAAGAUUUUCCCCAGAGCAGUUGGGCAUGCAGGCUAGCACCGCUCUUGUUUGGCUGAUUAUCGAGCUGGUGGCCGUCAUGAUGAGCCUGUACAUCAUGAACAUGAAAUCUGAGCUCACGUACAUGGACGUUCUCGCUUACAAUGGCUACAAGUUUGUUGGGAUGAUAUUCAUCUUACUUGGAGGGAUGCUGUUUCAAAGCUCAGGAUUUUACUGCGUUCUAGCCUGGUUUAGUCUCACUAUAGUUUUCUUUUUAGUUAGAACAUUGAAAGUAAAGAUCUUGCCCCACAGUCACGGGGAUGAGUACCACGGGGGCGGGGCAAAACGCAGCCUUUAUCUCGUCCUGUCUAUCUCCCUCGUGCAGCCGCUACUUAUGUGGUGGCUUACAAGACACAUCGUGUUUGCUUAGUGAUUGUGAUCGGGCGCAUAAUUACUCAACAGUCGUUGCUUUGCAUGAGUGAUCCACAUGAUGACAUGUGACGUCCGUCUAACAUGCAUGAUUGACAUGUGACAAUAAUAUUUCAUACUUCAUUGACAUGGUAUGUGUGAUUUGAUACUAUGUCUGUCUUGCAUACAUGUUUGACGUGGUGCGUGUGAUGACACAUCGUGUGUUUGUUUGGAAAGUGUAGUAAAGAUGGCACACAUGUGAUCAAUGUCAUGUUGGGUUGAUGUUAGGGGUGGCAGUUUCUGUAUAACAUGGAUUUACACCCAUGCUUUUGUUUUAAAUGUGUUUAAAAUUACAUGGAUUCAAAAUGUUAGUAGGUACUUACAAAAAUAGAUAGUUUGAUGUGACGCAAAGUACAAUCUCAACAUUUUUAGUGGUCUACAUUACAUUGUGUAAACUACCCGUUUAAUGGGCCAGCCACUGUUCACAGAUAUUGCUUCACCUGAUUAAAAUCAGUAACAGCUGAUUGCUGAUUUACUGAAAUAAAUGUACUGAAAAAAAUAAGAAAUAUUGCCUUCUCAUUGGACAAAAUAUAAUGUUGACCACCUUGUACAAACAUGCUUUACUGCUUCAUUUUUUCACUUUACUGCUUCAUUUUUUCACUUUACUGCUUCAUUUUUUCACUAAAAUGAAAACAUUAAAGUCACACCACUUCCAAAAAUGUUAAUCUUUCAGUGUUUUUUUCCUGUAUUAGUUUGCCAAAUCGAGUAAGACAAAUUAAUGUAAUUGUUUAAUGAAUAAUUUAUAAAUGAGUGCUGUUUCUAAUUUGUAUAAUACAACAUUAUUAUGUGUCAUAAAAACAGGGUGAUAUGCUUAUAAAUUGUCAUGUUGCAACAUUUUCGUUAAUGUUUCAAGUGAUUUGGUUAUAUAAAUCUUGUUAUCAACGAGUUUCAAUUCUACAUUUUCAGGCUUUAAUUUGUAAGUAACCUCAUUUAAGAGCUUAUGACAAUUGUGUACAGACAACCAUCUACAAAUCAACACAAAAGCAUACCAAUUCAUUUAAAAUAAAGUUAAAUUUGGCUAGUGCGUGGGUUCGAAUUCCACAACCGCAUUUCCUUACAGCCUGGUUAGCUAUUUGUAUGAAACUGUCCAAUGCUUUGGUUUGGUUAAAGUAAGCCGAAAUGUUUAUGGAUUGGUCAAUAAUAUUUGAAUAAUUUAAAUCAUUAACCAAUCACAUUACUUACCUGUGCAAGUAGCCAUAGAUAGCCCAUGGACUAAUAUUCAAAGUUGUAUACAUUUAACUGUAGUCUGUACCAGUUUCUAGCAUAGAAACAGACUCCGACAUUCGUUUUAGCAUGAAAACUGCAUUGCUGCCUGGAGAAUGUAAACCUAUAGUUAAAUGUGGCUUUGUAAUUUCUUUUUAUUGAUUUGAAGAUCUACGAUUGAUAAGAGAUCUAUAUCUACAUCUGUGUAAACAAAACAUAUCCAACCAAGAAAAAGCUUUAAAAAUGUUAUUUUCUGACAGAACAGAACAUUAUUGUUAACAUGAACAUUUACAUGUCAUGUUUUUACAUCACUGUAACAAUGAUGAACUGUAAACAUGUAUAUUCAAGUUAACAAUAAAUGUUCUGUUCUGUACUGUAUUAAAUAUGUUAAAGAUGCACUAUUACUCCCAAAUAAGAUUAACCACAAUUAAUACGAUCGUUUUAUUAUACCAGAAAGGAUCAAUUAUUGUCGAAAACAAUGGUUCUUAUGAAGGAUAACGAGGUUAAUUCGAAAGAAAUACGCACAAAACACGGUAUUUCUACCUUAUGAGACGAUAGUAGACCACAGUAAAUCUUUUAGCAUUCACCAAUCAUUUAAUAUUUUUUGCCUUUCUGCUAUUAAACACAAGGUUACAAUAUUGUUAUCAGAAAUUUAUAUUUUCCAUAAAUGCAUUAUUUAGUAAGUUUUUCAAGGUUUAUCAGUCAGAAUGUAUGUUUGUUAUACAUGUGUUUGUAUUGAUUUUGAAUAAGAGUGUCACUUUAAAUUGCAGACCUACGCUAAUUGUGUUGUAAUAACCACUUUUUCUCUAAUAAAUUAUUACUAAUACAUAUGAUUGUUCAAAUUCUAUGGUGCCAUUGCAUCACAGAGCUUACAAUAUGUUCAUUGAUGUCCCUAUAGUUUAUGUAAUAGUUAGAUGACAUGAAUUAAAAUCUUAAUGAUUAAGAAUGGGUGGAGUGAGCAUAGCAAACGAGCCGUUCUUAAUCAUUAAGAAUUUAAUUCAGGUCAUCUAUUUUAAACUGACUUUCAUACAACCUCAUUGGCUGACCCUUUGUCAACGCAAAUCUGAUGUAGGUAUUGUGUGGCAGUGGGUGGACCUUUAAACACCGGCGAAAGUUGAAAUUCUUAUAACUAAACCUAGUAUUUAAUGAUAGCAGAUAGCCUAUCUGCAAUUUCAUUUGCUGUAAAUGUAGGUUAUAUUUUAAUUAAUUUUAAACUAAAAUCAUAUUACAAGUUAAAUAUGUGCUUAUACUUAUUGAUAACAUUGCCUCAAAAGUUUGUAAAUUUUCUUUUGCUCUAAAAAAAUUCAUGUGUUAAUUUGCAUGUUUCCUUGUAUAGGAAUUUUAUGAUUAGCAUGGCAUUCUGUUUCUAAAUAAAAAAGCUGUAAAAAUAGUCUUAAGUUAUUGGGCUCCCAAAUAAGCUAACUCCCAGGUAGCUCAAUUAACAUAAAUAUUUAAAAAUAUGAAGCUGGUUUCCCAAUAUAAUUUUGUAUAAUUUAAAAGAAAACUGCUUAUUGAUAACUAAGAUGUAAACUUAAUGACUGAAAUAUCAUAAUAGAUAACAUGAUUGCAAUUUGUAUUUUUGUUAUGUAUUUCAAUUAUAUAAGACCUGAAGUGACUCAUUUUACAAUACUUCAAGUUGAAAAAAGCAUUUUUGUAACAUUUUUUUUCGUUUAAAAAUCUCAUAUAAUGUAGGUAUCAUUUUACAAGUAUAUGAUUGCUGGUUACUAAUAUGUUAAAAAAAAGCAACCAAUUAUAAGCUAUACAUGAAAAUAUAAUUUUGUAUCUCUCUUCUUUAUUUCUCCAGAAUUCAGGGUAAAAUGACGUUUACAGGAAUCUUUGAAGGCCAUAAAAAGUUCUUUGAUGUAACAUUUUGACAAAAUAUGUAAAUUUUAUAUGUAUGAACAUUUUUUUUUUCAAAUAAUACCAAACCAAUAUGCGCUCACCAGUAAUUCAAAAUGCAUGUAUUUAUUUCUUUUUAUGCAUAAAAAACGUCUUUUAAAAUGAUACCAAAACAAAAUUAUAUGGGGAAACCAGUCAUCCAAAAUUCACAUACUUGUGGAUGGGUUACCUUUAAAAAAGACUUUAAUAUGAGUGUGUGUGCUUACUGAAAGUGUGUGAGUUGAUAUAUUAAUAAUUGUAUUAUACAUGACAAGUCAUUUUAAGGUCACAUGUGAACUUUUGUUUUCUUAUGUACUACUCAAUGUUUUGCUAAGGACCACUGGUACUAAUUUUGAUGUCAAAUGCCUUACUAUUGUUUUUUCUUGAUUAAAAGUUAUUAGACAUGUCUUGUUGGAACAAAGUAUUUCCACUCGCACUCCCUUCUCACCAUGGCGACCCGGGUUCGAUUCCCGGCUUGGGCGCAUGUGAGUUUGGUUUGCGGUCAUCAAACCGGAUAAGUGGAUUUUCUUCGGGUACCCCGGUUUUCCCCACAACACAAGACCACACACACUCUCGCGCAACAUCGUGUCAACGAGAGUGACUUAGUAUAAGUUAUGUAACUUUCUUCAUUAUCGUUGUAAAAAAUAUAAUGUUUACACAAAAGUAAUUCCAUUGUCAAAAUGAAAGUAUUUUGUGAACUGCAGCUGAUUGUGUAAACUGGUCAAGUUUUCGUUGUGGUCACAGUUACCCGAAAUGUUUUUGAUUGGCCAAUAUUUAUACCAAAAAAAUAAAGCUGCAUUUCACAGAAAUACCUUUUUUACUUCUUGUUUUUAGCUCUACUGGCCAAAGGCCAGAAGAGCUUAUGCGAUGGUAAUGUGUACGUAGUAUGUGCAUCCGUGCGUUCGUGCGUCUGUAAACAAUUGCUUGUGCACAUGAUACAGUCUUCAGUUUUGAUUGUAUCUCGAUGAAACUUGUACAGUAUAUAAAUAUCCAUUAGAGCUCGGUUCCUUUCGAAAACCAGCCAGAUCCGUCUAUAAAUGCCUAGAUUAUGGAUCAUGAAAGUUUUAAAGAAAUGCAUUCUAUUUUUAGCCAGGUCUGCAUGAGCGAAUUCUAUUUUAGCCAAGUUUACAUGUACAUGUAAAUUCAAGUCUAGAGUUGAGGGAGACAAUUUGCAAGUCUAGGAUUUUGAGAGACGAUUUGCUUUUUGCUUCUGCAGUUGAUUUUGUGAAUUACUCUGCCUUGUUCUUGUUGAAAGCCCAAAAGGCCAUUUUUUAGCUUUAAGUUCUGUAGUUUGCACAUUCAUCUUAACAAAAUUGGUUGUGAAUGUUUAAGUUAUGCACCUGGUGUCAUUACUGGCCACACCCAGGGUUCACAGGUUUGGUAAACAUAAAUCUGGAAAGGUUUGAAAAUCUUUUUGUGUGUUCGUGCAUCCAUCUCAGCACAAUUGAUUGUGAAUGUUUGUUCAAAUUGAUCAAUGUUGUCCUAGGAUGCCCUUGACUUUGACCUUUUGACCAACUUUUUUUUAACUUUUAAAACUACAAUUUUUUUUACUAUGAGCACAGUUUUGAAAGCAUGUUUUGUCAGAUGACUUUUACAUGGCACAUAUUAAAAUAGUCAUGCAACUAAUCUGCUUACAAUACUUUCUGGGCUCAGAUGUUGAACGUGCUACGUUUUCAGGUAACCCAAACACAAAACAUAAAGUAUAUAUGUCUGUUGCCUUUUACCCAUACAUACAUGCUCUGGAUUGAUAUGACCACAAAAGCCAUGCCAGUAGAGCAUAGGCCCUUUUGGGCCUCUUGUUUUGUCUUGGAAAGAACAAAUUUUUGCUUAAAUAUCUGCAAACGAAUGAUAAAAGAUUGCUGACAAAAGAUCAGAUCGCAGAUUUUCAUAUUUCUUUUCGAAAAUUAAAAUAUUAUUGCUUAAACCAUUACUAAUGGUUAAAGAAAAAUGCAUAAAACAUCAAUUUUAGAACCUGCGAUCUAAUUUUUUGUAAGCAGUCUUAUUUCACUGGUUUCCAUGCAUUUUCGCAAAAAAUGGCUCGUUCCAAGACAAAAAAAAAUAAAAUAAAAACUAUGUCAAAACGUUCACUCUGUGAGAGGGCAGCUUUAACCAAUCAAAUCAUUUAAAUUUGAAAACAAAAUCCGAAAGAUAACCUGUCAUUUUUUUUAUACAAUUAGCUGCCGACGUCAAAACUGACGUCAAGAUAGAUGUCAAUAUUUUUUAUAAUUGAUAAACUACAAGUCAUUAACUAUAGGCCUUUCAUUCAAGCUUAAAACACUAAUGCGUAUAACGACCACAUUAACCUUUCAUUAGUUUUCUUCCCGUGUUGUUAAUAUGUAGAAUAAUCCGGCACAAGAUGUUGUUCAGGCGAAAAAUGUAGAAAAAAGCUUCAAGGUCUUGUUCGAUGCGCAUGCGCAGAAAAUAUAAUAUGAUAUAUUAGACUACAGUUAGUUUUGUUAAGAGAGUGUCACAUCACCAAACAAUGGUACCACUUCACUUUACUUCGAAAAUAGAACUCAACUGCUAGAAACAUUUCUGCCAUAUAGUUUUUUUUCAGAAAUCUGGAUUUUUAAAGGACUUUGAAUAAUCUUAAAGCUGCACUCUCACAGAUUGUCAGUUUUGACACUUGUUAAUUUUUUUGUCUCAGAACCGGCUGAUUUUUGCAUCAAUGCCUUCAAUUAAACAAUUCACAGUCGAUAGAAUAGAUCUUAAUUGAUUUGUUGACUUUGAAAAAAGAUAUUUAUCAUAAAGCGUUAGUAACCCUUUUAUCUAUAAAGCAUUAUUUGUUAACGUAAGUUUGAUAAACUGCGAUCUGACCUUUUGUCAGCAGUCUUGUAUCACUGGUUUACAGACAUUUUCGCAAAAAUGGCUCCUUAAAAGACAACUAAUAAAAAGAGUCAAAACGAUCAAUCUGUGAGAGUGCAGCUUUAAUAGUUAAACACAACUGAAAAUAAAGCUUAAUCUUUGAAAGUUCAUAACUACAUGUAAUGCAUUACUCUUACUUGAAUUGUGGCCUUUGUUAUUGUUAAAGAAACAACACAUUUUGAGUGCAUGUGUUGUAAAAUUUAUGUAAUUCUGUAAACAAAUAUUUUAAAAUAUAUUUUUUAAGCUUAGAUUUCGGAUUAGUAGAAUCAGUCCGCCAUUUCUUUAAAGAUCAAUGCCUAUUAUAUAUAAAAUAUAAAUAUGUUAAUAUUAGUUUAAUGUGAUUCUUAGCAAAUCCUGAGUUAUAUGCUACAUGUAUAUGCAUGCUUUCAUUUAAAAAAAAAGCCCCGAUUUCUCUAAACAACUUAAGUCCCUUUAUUACAGGAUUAAGCUGAGCUUGCUAUUUUUUUUUCGUAUGAUUUUGUGCCUUAUCUUUAUUUUUAAGAUUUUUUGGACUUUAAAAAGAAAUGUUCUGUAUGAAAAUUACUGUAAACUUCAUUUCAUUUAGUAAAAUCAAGAUUAAAUAAGAAAAUUGUCUUAAUGAAAUAAGCUAUUUAAGAAUGCUUUUUAGCUUAAGAACUUAAGAGAAAUUGAGGUUGGAUGUAUAUACUUAUUGACUUAGUGCAGUCUUGCAUCUACUUGAAGAAAUAAAACUUGAAACUGUG